CUUCAGUUCCCUCCGCGCCGCUUCUCGGCUGUUUCCGCCCAACUCCUUUGUGCCGCGCAGAACGUCGAAAUGACGCAUGCGCAAAGAAAGCCACGCCGCAUAUAUAAGCACGAACCCAAGCUUUUCCUCGUAGUGCCGCCGGACCGUUGGCAAGUGGUUUUUCGUUGCGGUUUUUAUAUUACGCGAUUUCUGGGCGCUGCGAGCUGAGAGAGCAGAGCUUGCAGGCCAACCAUCAUGUCGCGUUACGGGCGGUAUGGAGGAGAAACCAAGGUGUAUGUUGGUAACCUGGGAACUGGUGCUGGCAAAGGAGAGUUAGAAAGGGCUUUCAGUUAUUAUGGUCCCUUAAGAACUGUGUGGAUUGCAAGAAAUCCUCCGGGAUUUGCCUUUGUGGAAUUUGAAGACCCUAGAGAUGCAGAGGAUGCAGUGCGAGGCCUGGAUGGCAAAGUGAUUUGUGGUUCCCGAGUGAGGGUUGAGCUAUCAACAGGCAUGCCUCGGAGAUCUCGUUUUGAUAGACCACCUGCCCGACGUCCCUUUGAUCCCAAUGAUAGAUGCUAUGAGUGUGGCGAAAAGGGACAUUAUGCUUAUGAUUGUCAUCGUUAUAGCCGGCGAAGAAGAAGCAGGUCACGAUCUAGAUCACAUUCGAGAUCCAGAGGUAGGCGAUACUCUCGCUCACGAAGCAGGAGCAGGGGAAGGAGGUCAAGAUCAGCAUCUCCUCGACGAUCAAGAUCUGUGUCUCUUCGUAGAUCACGAUCAGCUUCACUCAGACGAUCUAGGUCUGGUUCUAUAAAAGGAUCGAGGUAUUUCCAAUCCCGGUCGAGGUCAAGAUCAAGAUCUAGAUCUAUUUCACGACCAAGAAGCAGCCGAUCAAAGUCCAGAUCUCCAUCUCCAAAAAGAAGUCGUUCCCCAUCAGGAAGUCCGCGAAGAAGUGCAAGUCCUGAAAGAGUGGACUGAAGUUCUGAAGUUCACCUUUUAGGGAAAAGUUAUUUUGUUUACAUUAUUAUAAGGGAUUUGUGAUGUCUGUAAAGUGUAACCUAGGAAAGGUAUUUCAACCAUCUAAUCAAAUGGAUCUGGAUUAUUACUCUGUAAAUUCACAGCAGUAAGAUAAUAUAAAUUUUUGUUGAAUGUAUUAACAUCCUAUGGUCUGAAAAUGUGGGUUUUUAUUUGGCACAUUUAAAUAAAAUGUUUCUAACUAGA